AUGUCAGACUAUGAAGAAGAGGACGAAAAAUGGGUUCAGUGGUUUUGUAGUCUUUCAGGCAAUGAGCCCUUCUGCGAGGUGGCGCAGAGUUACAUCGAAGACUCAUUCAACCUCUAUGGCCUGCGUGCCAUGGUACCCAACUACCAGGAUGCACUUAAUAUAAUUCUCGACCUGACUGACAUUCCGUAUGAUGACGACGUACCCGUGUACGCUGCUGAGCUUUACGGACUCAUUCACUCUAGAUAUAUAAUAACGGCUCAUGGGCUGGAUGCUAUGAUGAAAAAGUAUCGGGAAGGUGACUUCGGAAUAUGCCCAAGAGCUCUAUGUGACGGCCAGCCAGUUGUUCCUGCGGGAUUGUACGACGAGUGGAAAAAGUCGGAAAUGAAGGUAUACUGUCCAAAGUGUCGAGACCUUUAUACCCCUACCAGCGAGUACCAGACUCCUGCAAUCGACGGAGCAUAUUUUGGUACAACGUUUCCUCAUCUAUUUUUUUUGACGUACAAAGAGCUCGACCCAGCUCCAUCUACACUGCUUUAUGUGCCGCGGGUGUUUGGCUACAAGAUUCACAAUAAAUCAGAAAAUCGGCGACGUCUUGCCAUUCUCGCAAAAGAAGAUGAGGAUGAAGAGAAGACUCAACAGCAGCGACGGACUGUGGCAGGAGGUAGACGAAAGGGCGCAGCCGACUCGAGUGCCGACACGUCGUCGUCCCGUCUCCCCACAUGGUGGCUUGAAGACAUCAAACCAAGGAGGGGAGUAGCACACGGCAAAAUAAAGGAAGCAAACAGGGUUGACGGCGAAGAUAGUGGAGAUGAAGGUAAAUUCCUCUCAGUUUUAUGCACGACAUGCGCGGCUGUAAGUGGCAGCGAUAUGCAAGGAACAACUAUGAGUGACGAAAAAGAGCUUCAAAAUGAGCUCAAGGCCAAGAUCAAUUUGCAGUCCAUGACUAUUGACCCUGAAUGGAAAGAUGUCACGCAGUUGAUGAGCGCAGCAGCGAAGGAAUUUAAGGUUGGUCAGCUUAUACAUGAAGGAGAUUUUAAUCUUUUCGAAUCCAUGUCGGCGCUUGAGCUUAUGGACCCAAAGAUGGACUCGGGAAUGUCGGUGAAUGGUAUACCACCGCAAUCGAUCUCCGCACGUUUGGCAAGUGGAUCAGUGCAGCUUAAUUUCUCAUCGGCUCGCGACGUAUUGGCUACACUUGAUCGAUUGUUUUGCUGUGAAGCUGGAUGGCUGAAUGGGUUGCCGCUUGCGCAAUCGCUAUUGACGAGUAUUUACAUGCACCGUGAGCCGUUAAAUGCUCUCUGUACGCAAUUAGUGACUUCAUCUAACAGCUUAAUGCUUAUGGAUGUGGAUGUGCGACUAUUGCUUAAGGAACGCUUGCGUAAUACAGCGAAAGACUCGCUCUUGCUUGUUAUGGUUGCGGUCACGUUGGCUACUUUAAAGACUGCAAACUUGGUACGAGAAGCUACUUUACGCGCUGAUAUUUAUGAAGAAGAGGAUUUUUCGCCAGGAAAAGGAUUUGAUGCGGGAAUUUUGACGUCUAUAACGGUAGAAGCAGUUGAUACAUUGCUGCAAGUUACCCAGGAACGUAUGGAGACAAUUCUCCUGCAACACAAAGCCUCAUCGGCGAAAAAAAUGACGCGGAAAAAGCAAGGCAAAAGAAAAAGUACGACAGCUGCUGGAAUGAGUGAAGACACCAAUGUCUUAGGCUACGAAAUGCUUCACUCUAAUGUUCGUAUUAAUGCGAUGCUGUGCGAAGCAUUUAUUCGACGUCUUCAGCUUCAAAGAAAGCUGCUCAAUACGUAUGCCGAAAUUGGGUUGGCAGAAGGGCCGCUUGACUUACAAAAGGCCAGAAAUGGCUUUCAUUGUGCUUACGAGCUAGUUCAAGGAUUAUUGACUGAACGACUCGAGCUAGAUCCGGAGUGUUUUAAUGGGAAAGCGAUAGGUUUUGACCCAAGCAUUAGUCGCCUACUUCUCUCUGGCUCACCACCACGUGAUAUCCAGGUGCCAUCAUUUGAAAAAUCGCUGAGCAAGAUGAAGAAAAUAAUGGAGGAAAUGCAAAUAGGCUGCUCUCCGCCUGAGUGGAGGUGUAUGGAAGAUUUACGAAUUUUCUUAAUCGAAUUUUCCAGACGGCAACCCACACUUGUUGCACGCUCUUACGUACUGCUCUUUCUCUACGCUGACGGGAAAAUGUACGCUAAAUACAAUUUUAUGGAUUGGCUGUCGGCAUCCAUGGUGAUAAAUGGAGUUCCUUCAGUAUUGUUAUCGACACAGGAGGGCAUACUCUACACGUCUCGAUGCAUUGAAACCGUAUACGAGUCACUUAAAGUAUACUUACACAACCGAUCCCGUCAACGCCCGCGAAUUGAAUCUUUAUUGGAUGAGUGGAGUAUUCUUCAAGCAGAAGCAACUGCCGUCGACGAACGAUUUACAACCGAGAUGAAUAUCCCACAUGCGACGUACCCGCGUUAUUUUACAGCUUGGUCUCUUGAGGAAUCGGUGCAGCUGAUGCUUCAUUAUGUGGUUUUGGGCCUGGAACUAGAAUUGUAUGCACCUCCAGAGCUUGGAAUGGUCUACUGGUAUCUUGAUUACUUACAAGGCUCACGUCUUCAAAAUCUUAAUGUGACUUGGACAUUUGUUGAAAAAAUGAAGGAGGUUAUGCCUUCCGCACAUUGCCGUGAACCUCGGGCGAUGAAACAGCAGCAGCCUUCUGCGUCAGGUAAAUCUAUUAAAAAGUCCAAAGCAAAGCAUAAGAAAAAGUCAGCAAGUGUUUCGUCAUUACCAUCGGAGCCAGCACAUGAUAUUAUUGAUCCCACAAAGGCUCGAUUCUUUCGUGAAUUUAAGUACACGGAGCUCCUGCGCAGUUUAAUGCGUGCAUAUUUUCAGUUGUUCAAUGCGCUGGAGCGCGAGGGGCUUGUGGAGGUGAAGUUGCCGGUUUACAGCUCAUAUCUUAUUCGCUUUCAGCAUCGCUUUGCAGCAUUCCAAAAACUUCCUUAUCCCGCUGCUCUCACUUUCGAAGAAUAUCGUCAAAAUAGCGACUUUUCUCCCUACGAUUUGGAGCUUAUCUACAAGUCGGCAGAGGAGUGUUUCAACAUGGCUCGUGGACACGCCGAGGCAUUAUUAAGCGAUGAAGAAAAGAUUAAUCGGAUCGUCACUAUUGGUGGCUUGGAGAUCGUCCGCGACUUUGAGCUUCAAUCGCUGUUAAAGGUUUGCAUUUCUUGUUGCAUUCAUUUAUCCCAGCGCACCGAGGGCAAAAUAAAGAUGAAAACAUCAAAAGAGGUGCAUUUAGACUUUUCAGUUCACCCGCAUUUUCCUGUAGUGGAGUUUUCUUCAUGA